AUGGCAACCGCCCCCGCCGCCGCCGCCGUGGCGGCACCAGAGCAGCCGCGCCGCCGGAAGCUGGCCCCGGGGCGCGGGGGCGUGGUCCUCCCUGCGGGGCUCUCGGAGGAGGAGGCCAGGGUGCGGGCCAUCGCCGAGAUCGUCUCGGCGAUGGGGGAGCUCUCGCGGCGCGGGGAGGAUGUGGACCUCAACGCGCUCAAGUCCGCCGCGUGCCGGAGAUACGGUCUGGCGCGGGCGCCCAAGCUGGUGGAGAUGAUCGCCGCCGUGCCCGAGGCCGACCGCGCCGCGCUGCUGCCGCGGUUGCGCGCCAAGCCCGUGCGCACGGCGUCGGGUAUCGCCGUCGUCGCCGUCAUGUCGAAGCCGCACCGUUGCCCCCACAUCGCCACCACCGGGAACAUCUGUGUCUACUGCCCCGGCGGUCCCGACUCCGACUUCGAGUACAGCACGCAAUCCUACACUGGAUACGAGCCCACCAGCAUGCGUGCCAUUCGGGCAAGGUAUAAUCCAUAUGUGCAAGCCAGGAGCAGGAUAGAUCAGCUCAAGAGGCUAGGGCAUAGUGUGGAUAAGGUCGAAUUCAUCUUGAUGGGUGGGACUUUCAUGUCCUUACCAGCUGAUUAUCGUGAUUAUUUCAUCAGAAAUCUUCAUGAUGCUUUAUCAGGUCACACUUCUGCAAAUGUUGAGGAGGCUAUUUGUUAUUCGGAACAUAGUGCUGUCAAGUGUAUUGGUAUGACGAUUGAGACGAGACCUGAUUAUUGCUUGGGGCCUCAUCUGCGCCAGAUGCUAUCUUAUGGUUGUACCCGCUUGGAAAUUGGUGUUCAGAGUACAUAUGAGGAUGUUGCUCGUGACACAAACAGAGGACACACGGUGGCUGCUGUCGCUGAUUGCUUCUGUUUGGCAAAAGAUGCUGGGUUUAAGGUGGUUGCCCACAUGAUGCCAGAUUUACCUAAUGUUGGAGUUGAAAGAGACUUGGAAAGUUUCAGAGAAUUUUUUGAAAGUCCAGCAUUCCGGGCUGAUGGUCUGAAGAUUUAUCCAACACUUGUGAUUCGUGGAACUGGUCUUUAUGAGCUCUGGAAAACUGGCAGAUAUAGAAAUUAUCCACCUGAGCUGUUGGUGGAUAUUGUGGCAAGAAUUCUGUCUAUGGUACCACCAUGGACACGAGUGUAUCGGGUCCAAAGAGAUAUUCCUAUGCCUCUUGUCACUUCUGGUGUUGAGAAAGGUAACCUUCGUGAGCUUGCUUUGGCUCGAAUGGAAGAUCUGGGUUUAAAAUGCCGAGAUGUCAGAACCCGUGAGGCAGGGAUUCAGGAUAUCCACCACAAGAUCAGGCCAGAUGAAGUAGAGCUUGUCAGACGUGACUAUGCUGCAAAUGAGGGUUGGGAGACAUUCCUCUCUUAUGAGGAUACACGACAGGAUAUCCUGAUCGGUCUGUUGCGCUUGCGUAAAUGUGGCCGUAAUGUUACAUGCCCUGAACUUGUAGGGAGGUGUUCAAUUGUUCGUGAGCUUCAUGUCUAUGGAACUGCAGUCCCUGUGCAUGGCCGCGAUGUAGACAAACUACAGCACCAGGGAUACGGAACUCUAUUAAUGGAAGAAGCAGAAAGGAUUGCUCGGAAGGAGCACCGAUCGAAGAAAUUAGCUGUCAUUUCAGGGGUUGGUACUCGCCACUACUACCGCAAGUUGGGUUAUGAGCUAGAAGGGCCUUACGUGGUUAAGUGUUUGGCAUAA